AUGUAUCCUUCAAUUUCCAGUGAGUUCCAAAAGGAGCCAUCACAUGCAACAUCAUCGGCACCACCGCAGCCACAUUUUUUCAAUUUUGAAGACGCCGUGGCUACUGGAAUCCCAGUCCCUUUAGCGAAUCAAAAUAAUCCUGAUCCAAGUCCUCCUCUCCCGGUCAACAAUGCCAGCCAUUCUAUUUCUUCAGGGCCUUGGUCCACUAGUCUCUGUGGUUGUUUUAGCGAUCUUAAUAGCUGCUGCUUAACAUGCUGGUGUCCAUGUGUUGCAUUUGGACGAAUUGCAGAAAUUGUUGACAGAGGAUCAACUUCAUGUGGAAUGAGUGGAACCCUUUUUACAUUAAUACUAUGUUUGACUGGGUGCUCUUGUUUGUACUCGUGCUUUUAUCGAUCUAAGUUGAGAGGGCAGUUUUUCUUGAAGGAAAGCCCAUGCACAGAUUGUUGUGUCCAUUGUUUUUGCGAGGAAUGUGCAUUGUGUCAAGAGUAUAGAGAGCUCAAGAACCGCGGCUUUGACUUGUCUAUUGGAUGGCAUGGGAACAUGGAAAGGCAGAAAAGAUUGGCUGCCACUGCUCCUCCAACUGAAGAAAGGAUGAUGAGAUGA